AUGAGUCCAUGCGGGUCUUGUACGAAACGCGGUUACCAAUGCAACAAUGAACGCAAAGAUCACAAAGCACCCCGCGGACUCGGGACGAGCCCGGCACACCGCCAGAGCGACAAUAUCCGGUCGAUGACCCAGCCCAUACCUUUAAAUCCAGUAAUACCGCAUCAGGAAAAGGACCACCAACCGCCAUCGGAUCGGGGCUCGAUCAGGUUUCUGCUAAAUGGCGGCACGGACAGUUUCACGGAGCGGUUCAUGCUUCCGCCGCGCGGUGACCGAGCUCGUGGCCUGGAGUAUCAUACACAAAGGGAGGCAGAGGGAACUGAAAGCUCGAUGAUGGGCUAUCCCGGCGUGAAGACCGAGCCGUCGGUAUUCGUGGAUUCCGAUCCCUCGACGCUGUCGUUCUACCGAAAUGAUUUCCUCGACUUCUUCAAUGGGCCAUUUGGCGAUCCGAAUAAGCCGGUGGAUGACGUCUAUAUCGGCGAGAUUCCUCUCCAGACGGUGAUGCCUCCGACGCAGGAACCCCGGUUUGCGAUCCCCGGACACGCGCCCCUGCCCGAACCGGAACGACAGUUCUCAAUAUCAAUGAUCCAAGCCAUUCUUGAUAAAGCAUACACCGUUCCGCUGGAUCUCAAAGCGCAGCAAGAAAUCACGACCGGGCUGAAUUAUUUUCUGACGACAGCCCGAAUCCGCAAAUUCGUUUCCAUGUAUUUUCGAUACUGGCAACCCAGCUGCGCCAUGCUCCAUCAACCGUCAUUUGAUCCGGAAGUUGUUUCCCUGCCAUUGCUCAUUGGCGUAGUGUUCAUGGGAGCCAUGUACUCGGAUGAUACGACCGAACUCUACUUUGCUAGGCGUCUAGUAGACUUCGCAGAGCUCGUGGUAUUUUCGAGCGAUAUCUAUUCAUGCGAGAACGAGAUUAGCUCAGCUUUCGGUGGGCGUCGCAACACGGAAAUCGAGAUGAAUGACUGGUCCAUGUUCCAGAACUUCCAGGCCGGGUUCGUCAUGGUAAUUGCGCAGUACUGGGGUGGAAGCAGGGUAUCGCGAAAUCGUGCCAUGGAAAAUCGAUUCAGCGAGGUCAUCAAAGUGGCACGCAGGAUCGGCCUUCCCAAAUGUCGGCACCAGCUAGAUGAACGCACGCACGAGGGCCUGUGGAUCCAGAAAGAGUGUCGAAUUCGCACCAUGGCGUAUAUCUCGCUCCUCGACUGCGCCUUUGUAUUUUACCAAAACUACCCCUGCCGGUUAUCCCACACCGAGAUGGAGAGCGACUUUCCCAGCGCAGAGGCCGUCUUCGCAUCGAGGCAUCCAUUUCAAGAGCGCAAGUUCCAGCUCAAGCGCGAGUUCAACAUCAGCGACACCUUUCAAAACCUGUUCCACGAGCACGGCAGCCAGGCUUCGUCGCCGUCGGACCUCAGCAUGUCUAGUGUCAAUGUGCUAUCAGGUCUAACGUUCCUCGACAUGUUCAUCCUCAUCCAUAUGCUCUACGCCUUCAUAAAUACACACGUGACGCUUCUCUCCACGCUGCUUCGCAGAUCCCGGGUCCCAAUCCAGCAAGCCCGCGACCCUCAGUCCGGCAAACGCCGCCAAUCCGCAAUCCCGGAAGACUCGACUCUGUCUGCCAUCCGCAUUGCGUUGAAAAAGUGGCAUGAAUGCUGGAUGACACUUAACAGCAACAUUUCUCAAGAAGAGUGGACGUCCAUGGGCUUCUACCGAAAUGCGUAUAAUUUCUGGCUCGUUGCCGGGCUCUUGAUUAACCACAAAGAAAGCGUCGAUGUGGUCAUGCGGAUGGAAGUCAAGUGCGAGGAUAAGUUGCAGAAGUUGAGUGUUUUGUUGCAGGACGAGAAUGACUGA